AUGAAUCUCUCCGACCUCGCAAAAGCACAUAGCGACGUACUUCAAACGAUUUCUCCAACAUUAAUGGAACUUGAAGAAAAUUUUCAUAUCAAUGCAUUUGUGACUGAAAGAAGUCUUAAUGUCAGAAUACUAAUUUCUAAAGAGACGGUACUGGAAAUAGAAAGUCCUUUUAAAAAACACUGGCAAACAUUUGAAUACAAACUUAUUAGUUCUAAAAAAUAUGAAGAAAAUAAAUUCAUCCAACACAAUGGCGUGUUAAACAUAAAUUCCUUACCAAUUCAACCAGACAAGAAUUACACAAAUUGGAUUCGUCAACUCAUUCAAUUGAUCAAAGACACGCCGUUUGAUUACAAAACCCAACUUGAGACAUUCAAAAAGAACUUGGAUGUCACUAAAGACUAUAAGAACCGAACUUCACAGAAGUCAGUGGAUGGUCUUUGUUAUAUUCUCAAACCCGAGGCUCAAGCAAUUUGGAACACAAAACACCGACAAUGGCUUUCUACCAAAAUGAAAGAAAUUGAACAAUUGAUGAAGUCAAUGAUCAAAGACAAGAAGAUGACACAAGAAGAGUCCGACCUUUUCAAACACGUCAUUUUGGAGAGUGUAAAUGGUAAAUAA